CUUUGGUUCACCCAAUAGUUUGAUGCGAGAGAUUGGCGCAGUUUUAGUAGCAUCCAAAAGUUCACCGCUGCACUUCGUCGGAUGGCGUACAGAACCGCUAGUGAUAUGUUUAAUGAAUACUUGAAGAUGUCAGCUUGAAAUAUCAGGUUUGAGGCUAUCGUGUUAGAAGCAAUUCGGCAGGAAUACAAAUAUUAUCUACAGUCGACUGGAAGGUGAAAAGAUGGGAGGGUUUGAAGAGUCGAAGGUAAACACGACUCUGGGGUUCAUCUUCAAAGAGGAAGUUGUUAUGGUAGCCAUCGAUCAUCCACGCUUACCAGACGGCGCGUUUCCUGAAAACGCCAUUGUGCCCCAUCCGCACCUGCUUGUAGCUAUUUCUGGUGGCAGCAAGGAUUGCCGCAAAGAAUUCCUCCAUUAUCUUCAAAAGAAGUGCAACGAACAUGAACGCGAGGUAGGGAGAAAAGCUUCUGCCGAAGAAGCAACCAAGUGGAUGUGUGGUCUUGUCUCCCGUAACCUUCCCCGCAGGGAUGAUGAUGGUUUGCCAAAACUGAUUUUUGCUGGGUGUGAAACAUCUUACAGUGGUGAUGAUUUGCCCAAAGGAAUUUUGAUUGCUGGGUGGGACAAGGAAUUGGGACCUUCCCUUUUUCAAGUGGAUGCUGAGGGGAAAAUUUGGAAACAGCCACUUUGCUCAGCUGGAUGUGGUUCCGCUGGACUUUUUUUAAUUACUUGGCCUCACAAGCAUAUGUUCAUGGAUGAUGCCGUUAAAAUGGCGGAAGGAGCACUCUGUCUUUCUGUAUAUCCUUAUCGUGAAGCUUGUGAAUGUGUCACUGUGUUCCAGGUGGGAGUUGAGGGGGUUAAAUUGGUGAUCUUUAAUCGUGACAUAGGCGAAUGGCAGAAGCAGCACUCCGGAAAAUCCUGAUUACAAGUGGGCUUAUGAUCAAAUAAAGAAGCUUGUGGAAAGAAACAUUAGAGCGGUCGUCAUUAAGAGGUGAUCGAUAACUGUGGUUGUAAGCCUAUUGAAACAUAUGAUGUCUAAGUUUUAUCAGAAUGUUAAGCCUAUUGAAACAUAUGAUGCCUAAGUUUUAUCAGAAUGUUGAGCCUAUUGAAACAUUUGAUGUCUAAGUUUUAUCAGAAUGCUAGCAAGGGGUGCGUUUGAAUGCAGCCAUCUAAAUACAGUUUUAAGGCCUCCUAAUUAUGUACUGAGUCAUUUGUAUUAUCCACAAAGUGAUUUGUUAAUGAUGCUUGUUUUUUCUCCCUAAAAAAAUUAUAUACAAGUUAUUUAGUGAUCAUCUAUAUCUUUUACGUGCAAUGAAGCGAUGUCUUCCAAUGUUGGAAUAUGUGAUCUUUGACAACUCAUCUAUAAUCUGACUGAAAUGAUCUGUUAUCAGCCUCAUUUUACUAUGCAUUAUGUGUAGGAUAUCUAAAUCAUGUGAUUAAAAUGUUCUCUUAUAAGCAACAUUGUGUGUGAGGUUUCUUUAAUGUCUUUGGGUUACAUUGCCUGCAUGUUAUGGCCUACUAUUUAUGUGUGAUGCUUGCUCUUUUAGUUAUGAGCAAAUUUUAGGUUUUGCGUUUGGAGUGAUCUGCAGCGUAAUAAAUACAGUUUUAAGGCCUCCUAAUUAUGUACUGAGUCGUUUGUAUUAUCCACAAAGUGGUUUCUUAAUGAUUCUUGUUUUUUCUCCCUAAGAAAUUAUAUACGAGUUAUUUAGUGAUCAUCUAUAUCUUUUACGCACAAUGAAGCGAUGUCUUGUUA